AUGGAUUUAGGAACCGCGACUUUGAUGCCCAUGGCUGGGAAUUUCGGAGGGAACUCGCAAGGUGGCGUCAUCAAGAACGAGCUGGGAAAUGUCACAGGAAACACUCGUCCUAUCCCCCCACAAAGUCCCUCCCGAGACUCAGACAGUGAGGGGGAAGAUAGAAUGGGGGACUCGGAUAAACCCUCCAAACAGAAGAGACACAGGACCAGGUUUACCCCCGCCCAACUCAACGAGCUGGAGAGAAGCUUUGCCAAAACUCACUACCCUGACAUUUUCAUGAGGGAGGAAUUGGCGCUUAGAAUCGGCCUGACCGAAUCAAGAGUUCAGGUUUGGUUUCAAAAUCGACGAGCAAAAUGGAAGAAAAGAAAGAAGACAACAAAUGUGUUCCGAACACCUGGCGCCUUGUUGCCGAACCCUGGAAUGUCUCCAUUCGGAACAAUGAAUGACGCUUUCUGCACCUUUCGUCCCACAGAUUCGAGAUGGUCUUCGAUUCCAAGUAUGACGUCAACAAUGAACGGAAACCCUCUUGCCCUCGCAUCCUCCUUGCCUCGACAAACAUCCCUGGGUCAGUCUUUUGGGUCCCAGGUCCCGUUCACGGGCCUCCAAGAAGCUUGCUCUACGAUUGCAAGCAACAUUUCAAUGCCAAAUAAUGGUGCUUCGCUGCACAGCACGUGCUUCGGUGUUCCACCUGUUAGCUGUGCUUCUCCUCUUUCAGCAAGUUCUAAUUCUCCGCCGAUUUCCCAUCCACAAGUGAAUUGUGGGAUGCAGGAAGUGGAAGAUGUUUGGAGGGGCACCAGUAUAGCAGAGCUGCGCAGAAAGGCUUUGGCGCAUACAGCAACGCUUUCAGGGUACAGGUGAAGACAUUUUCCCCAAGUAAUACUUUAAAUUUGAAAUGCAGUGCAGUAUCGAGUGAAAGUUUUAAAUUAAAACAAAUGUACUAUUUAUUAUUUAUAAUUUAGGACCGUAUUUUAUUGAUUAGAGCUUUAUAUGUUUAAUGUAGGCUAAAUGCGACAUGGUCUUUAAUUGUACAAUGUAGAAGACAUCCGGGAAAAAAAAACAACAAGCAUUUUUUUGUACCUCUCUGACAAAAUAGUUUAAAUUUAUUUAAAUGUCAAAUAGAUCUAUUAAGCUGAGUUGUAUUCUUAGCAGAAAUUUACUUCUACUGGACAAAGGCUUAUGUAUUUUACUUCCGAUGAAAAACACAUCACUGAGUUUUCUUGUCAAACAGCUAAAAAUUGUACACAUAUGUUUAGAUACACUGUCUCUCUAGGGAUAUAGCAUUGAUACUAAAUUCAACCUCUUCAGAAGGUUAAUGCUUGUUAUGAUGCAACGAAUAGAAAUACUAAUUACAUAUUAAGUAUACAAUUUGGAAUUUUUUCUUCUUUUUGUGAACUUAACAUAAAAUGUUUUAUUCGAAAUUGUAUUAUCUAUUGCAAUAUUUUGCUUUUUUAUUACCUCGAUCCAUAUGCAUCUUCGCCAAGAAUACUUAGAAUUUCUUUUAUUUAUUAAUGUUUUUCAUCUAAUAUGUUUAUAAAUUUUAAUUUUUUAUUUUCUUAAGGUAUGAGAAAAUAUUCUUCAACUGUUUCUUUGUCUUGGUAAGAUCAAAAAUAUUUAUCAUCAUUACAAGCGAAUAUUAUCUUAAGAUUUCUAAACUAGUUUCAAAAUGUAUAUAAAAAUGUUAUACAUGUCAAGUGAUUUAUAAUUAUUUUACUAAAAAUAUUAAAGAAAUCUUACUCAAACCCAGUUGAUAAACCUAAAUUCUUUUUGAGAAAACUUGUCAAAGUAAUUUAACUUUCAAUCGUCGCAAAUUCUUGAGGAAAAUUACUUGCACACACAUGUGUAAGAGGAACGUACAGACAGGCCUUGCAAUUGAAGCGCAUACAGAACCAGAAACAAUGAAAUCUAAUACCAUUUAAACUAUAACAGAAGACUUAAAAUUGAUGAUUAAAAAGUUUUUGUUAUUAAAAGAUCUGUAUCUAAACUACUGCAAUAAUCAUAGCUUAAAAAUGUAUAAAUAUAUAUAUCUGGUAUAUAUAUAUACAAUGUACACCAUCAUUUAUGUAGUUAAGCAAAUCGUUGUGUCAUUUUGUAAAUUUUGUAUUUAUCAGGUGACAGUAAAUUGAUACAAAAUUUACAUGACAUUUCAAAAUUUACAUAAUGGUAGUUGUGUGGAAUUGAUGGUUUUCUUCAUUGAGUAUCAUGAAUCAUAUUUUCUCUAAGACAUUGGGUUGUAUAUCAUUGAGUGUAUCAGUGCCAUCCUUGUUGUUUAUUGGAAUUGUUGUUUUCUAUGUAUCAUGAUUGUAUGUCACAAUAUUGUAUGAUAAACUCUAUAAGAUAUAAAAAUGAAUAAAAUAAAAACAAUCAAAAUGAA